AAAAUAUGUAAAACGGAGAAGUGGAAAAAAAACCCUGCUUUGAGUCUUGCAUAUGGCCGUAUCAGUUUCAGGUGGAAGAAGAGCUGCCAUUUCUCUGCAAAGGCCCAAAAAGCUAUCUUCUUUGGCUUCGGUCGCGAUCAGAAAUCUAUCCGACCAACACCGCAAUUCAAGCAAACCCAAUCCUCAGCAACCCUCAAAAACUGGUUCUUUAGCGGCAUCAGGUCAGUGUUCUUCUCCGGCCUCUCAAUUGAAAACCCCUACCCGCUACUUGCAAUCUCCCAUUGAAGAAGCUAGGGCACACAAGUCUAUUCAAAAGCCCAUUGAUAUUCUGCUAAUUUCUCAAAUUCUCCCAAGAAAAGACUGGUACUUGCUGCUCAACCACGAGUUUAAAGCUAAACGGGUCCAUUUGAACCCUCAAUCAAUUAUUAGUGUCCUGCAAAAUCAAGACAACCCAUUACUCCCUUUGAGGUUUUAUGUUUGGGUUUCUAGUAUUAACGUUGGUUUUACAAAAAACCAGUCGAUUCGUGGUGUCCUAGCCAAUGCCCUAUAUAGAAAGGGACCACUUUUGUUAUCAGCUGAAUUGAUUCAGGAUAUUCGAAAUUCUGGGAAUAGAAUUAAUGAGGAUUUGUUGUGUGUUUUGAUUGGGAGUUGGGGAAGAUUGGGAUUGGCUAAGUAUUCUGCCCAGGUUUUGGAACAGGUUUCCUUUUUGGGUCUUAGUCCUAGUACUAGGUUGUAUAAUGCAGUGCUUGAUGCAUCAGUGAAGUCGAAUUUGCUCGACUUGGCUUAUCUUAAGUUCCAGCAAAUGGAGGUGGAUAGUUGUAUCCCGGAUAGGUAUACCUAUAAUAUCCUCAUCCAUGGAGUUUCUAAGGCCGGUGUUAUGGAUGAAGCACUUCGAUUAGUGAAGCAAAUGGAGGGCUUGGGAUAUUCGCCCAAUGUAUUUACAUAUACAAUCUUGAUUGACGGGUUCUGUAAUGCAAAUAGAGUAAACGAGGCUUUUCAGAUAAUCCAGACAAUGAAGAGUAGGAAUGUCGCUCCAAAUGAAGCUACACUGAGAGCACUGGUUGGAGGAGUUUUUCGUCAUUUACCACCGAGCGAGGCUUUUGAAAUGUUAUCCGGAUGGCUAGAUAAGGAACCGGGAUUGCCUAAAGUUGUUUGUGAUGCUAUGUUAAGUUGUCUUUGUGAUAAUUCCUUGCCAAUGGAGGCAGCUGAAUUUCUAAGAAAAUCGGUGAAAAAGGGUUACUUUCCAGAUAGUGCAACGUUUAGUCUUACCGUAAAUUGUUUAAUCAAGGGACUAGGGAUUGAUGUGAUCUGUGAGAUGCUAGAUUUUUUUGCUAACCGAGGUUUGAAGGUGGCUUUUGAUACUUAUCUUCUGCUCAUCGGGGCUCUUUACAAGUCGGGAAGAAUAGAAGAAGGCAAUCGUUAUUUGGAGCAGAUGUUCCAAGAAGGACUUGUAUCUAACACAUUCUCGUACAAUAUGAUAAUCGACUGCUUCUGCAAAAAUAAGAUGAUGGGGCGAGCAACAGAGGUUUUCAAAAGUGGUAUUCGUCCUAAUCUCGUUACUUUCAAUACGCUUAUUGACGGGCAUUGCAAGUUAGGCGAGCUAACCCGGGCCCGCGAGCUGCUACUGAUGCUAUUGGAGCGUGGUUUUAAGCCAGACGUCUACACAUUUAGCUCUAUAAUCGAUGGUCUUUGUAGAGCACAUGCUAUCGAAGAUGCUUUUGAGUGUUUCACGGAAAUGGCCGAAUGGGACGUUUGCCCAAAUGCAACAACAUACAACAUCUUAAUCCGGGGUCUCUGUGUUACCGGGGAUGUUGGUAGAUCAAUGGAGUUGUUAAAGGAGAUGCAAGGUGUUGGAAUAAGCGCGGAUCUUUUCUCCUUCAAUGCUUUAAUCGAAAGUUUUUGUAGAACGAAUAAGAUUGAGAAGGCGAAAAGGCUUCUCAGAAGCAUGUUGAUCUUGGACUUGAAGCCCGACAAUUAUACGUAUAGUGCUUUUAUCAAGGCAUUAUGUAGAUUAGGGAGAUUUGGUGAAGCUAAGGGCUUACUUUUCUCCAUGGAAGCAAAUGGGUGCACUCCGGAUACCCAGACAUGUAACUCAUUUAUAGAUUUGCUGGUUCAGUCAUCUCGGCUUGAAGAAGCCCAAGAUAUUUUCAUUGAAUUUAGCAAGAGGGGAAUCCCGUUGAAGUGUAUAAAAGUUACAUAAUAUUCUUUAUUCAAUGGCUUUCACACAGAGCUUUGUUUCAUGGAUAGCCAAGGUUUGUGGUCACCAUGAAUAUAUCAUGCUUCCAAUCAGCUUCAGGUCAGACUACUGCAUAACUCACUCAUCAGAUCAAAUAUAGUCCGAAUUAUUAUAUCAUAAACAUAAGCUGCUUUUUUUUUUGGGUAUAACUAAUUCAAAACUCGAGUCCCUUUUUCUGAGUGAUGAGGGAAACUCGUGUGCACUGGAUAAACCUCACUCGUGUAAUAGCCCUCAAACUACAUAUGAGAGGUAAACUACACUAAAAAGACCAUGUGUGACAGGCUUGACCAAGAGGGUGUUGGCAAGAAUUGAACUCGUGACAUUCUGGUACGAGAAUCAUGAUCUACUCACUCAGCCACACCUUUCGGGGCAGCUCAAGUCCCUUUUGAUUCUUGUUCUUGAUGCAUAUUUCUUUGUCUAUACCUCUUUGUUUCACGUCAGCUGGAAGUAGACACUGGAGGCUCACAUCUUCAAUGUUGAAAUGGAAGAUGAUUGAGUUGUUCAGAUGAGUGCAGAGAAGGAAGACAAGAAUGAUAGCUGGCAUCGUGAAGAUGAGGAAUAUAAUAAGCAGUGACAAGUUCAUGAGGCGGUUAAGGCUGCUGGAAAACACAAAGAUGGAUCGAUGCAUCCACGGAAAGAAAAUAAGAAAUGUAAGCCACCCUCAUCAAUGUGGUUGUGAAGAGGUGGAUAAUUGCCAGUUUAGAUUUGAUGUAUCACUCCACUUGUGUACUUGAUAAUCUGUCCUUUACUUAUUAGUGGUUAAUGUGGUUGUGAAGAGGUGGACAAAUUUCCAGUUUAAAUUUGAUGUAUCACUCCACUUUUGUACUUGUGAUAAUCUAUCUGUCUACUUUUAAUGGUUAGAGUUCAUCAUUGUUUGGUUA